GAUAGAAAAAGCCGAGGAUGCACGUUUGGUCCACGACGUACAGCCACACACCAGGAGCGCCCGUUUACGCGUCGGAGAAAUACAACUCCCAGUGGCCCCGUCGGCGGACAGCGAGGCGAUGCGUCCGCAGAAGCUUUGAUUCGACCCCUCACACCAUCCUCCUCCUUUUUCUUCCUCCUCCUCCUCCUCCUCCUCCUCCUCCCCCCUCCACCGUCGGCGAGGAGCAUCCCGCACACCGAUCUCUCUCCGACGAGCAGGCGCACGGGCGGACGGACACAAGCCAGACACGAUGCGCGGAUCCGCUCGACACGGGACAGCCGCGGGAUUUAUAGUGCUGGUGAGCGCGCUGCUGCUCGCCACGCCGGCCGCACAGGGGGUCCUGACGGAUCACCUUCUGGUGCAGCUGCACGAGGACGCGCAGGACCAGGGGCACCAACUUGCAACACAGCAUGGGUUCCAGAGCGCCCGACAGCUUCCCUUUGGAGAGGGGCUCUUUCACUUCUACCCUCAGGACUCGUCCAAGAGGCGAAGCAAGCGCAGCGCCCGCAGCAGACAGCGGCUCCAGAAAGACAGCAGGGUGAAGAGCGUGUUUGAGCAAGACGGCUUCAGUCGCCAGAAGCGAGGCUACAGAGAUAUCAACGACAUUGAAGUCAACAUGAGCGACCCUCUGUUCACCAAACAGUGGUAUCUGAUAAACACAGGCCAGGCAGACGGAACCCCAGGGCUGGACCUCAAUGUGGCUGAAGCUUGGCAACUGGGCUACACGGGCAAAGGAGUUACCAUCGCAAUCAUGGACGAUGGCAUCGACUAUCUACAUCCAGACCUGGCAUCAAAUUAUAACGCCGACGCCAGCUACGACUUCAGCAGCAAUGACCCGUUCCCGUAUCCCCGCUACACGGACGACUGGUUCAACAGUCACGGCACACGAUGUGCCGGAGAGGUGUCGGCCUCAGCCAACAACAACAUCUGCGGCGUGGGAGUCGCCUACAAUUCUAAAGUGGCAGGCAUCAGGAUGUUGGACCAGCCCUUCAUGACUGACAUCAUCGAGGCAUCAUCCAUCAGCCACAUGCCCCAGGUCAUCGACAUCUACAGCGCCAGCUGGGGACCGACGGACGACGGCAAGACGGUGGAUGGACCGAGAGAGCUCACGCUGCAGGCAAUGGCCGAUGGCGUCAACAAGGGCCGCGGAGGAAAAGGCAGCAUCUACGUGUGGGCAUCGGGCGAUGGCGGUAGCUAUGACGACUGCAACUGCGACGGUUAUGCCUCGAGCAUGUGGACGAUCUCCAUUAACUCGGCCAUCAACGACGGGCGCACCGCCCUGUACGACGAGAGCUGCUCCUCCACCCUGGCCUCCACGUUCAGCAACGGACGCAAGAGGAACCCGGAGGCCGGCGUUGCCACUACAGACCUGUACGGGAACUGCACACUGCGCCACUCUGGUACAUCAGCUGCAGCACCAGAGGCGGCCGGUGUCUUCGCCCUGGCCAUUGAGGCUAACCCUGACCUGACAUGGAGGGACAUGCAGCAUCUCUCCGUCCUGACCUCCAAGAGGAACCAGCUCCACGACGAGGUCCACCAGUGGAGGAGGAACGGCGUGGGCCUGGAGUUCAACCACCUGUUCGGCUACGGCGUGCUGGACGCCGGGGGCAUGGUGAAAAUGGCCAGGGAAUGGAAAACUGUGCCUGAGCGUUUCCACUGCGUCGCCGGGUCCAUUCAGGAGAACCAUAAAAUCCAGUCUGGCAACAAACAGGUGCUGGCCAUCACCACUGAAGCCUGCCAGGGGAAGGACAACUUUGUCCGCUACCUGGAGCACGUCCAGGCGGUCGUCACUGUCAACGCGACCCGCCGCGGCAACCUCAACAUCAACAUGACCUCGCCCAUGGGCACAAAGUCCAUCCUGCUGAGCCGAAGGCCCCGCGACGACGACUCCAGGGUGGGCUUCGACAAGUGGCCCUUCAUGACCACCCACACCUGGGGCGAGGACCCCCGGGGGACCUGGGUCCUGGAGGUGGGCUUUCAAGGCGAGGAGCCACAGCGCGGGGUCCUGAAGGAGUGGACUCUCAUGCUGCAUGGAACACAAAGUGCCCCUUACAUAGACCAGAUAGUACGUGAUUAUCAGUCCAAACUCGCCAUGUCCAAAAAGGAGGAGCUAGAGGAGGAGCUGGAUGAGGCUAUAGACAGAAGUCUGAAGAGCUUGAUGAGUAAAAACAACUAAAAUCCCGUCUGCAUGUUGGCAACUCUUUCUCCCCCUCUUAUCUUCCUCCCCCUCUGCAAUCUUGCUCUAUCCCUCUCCAGAUCUCCCUGCAUCUCCUCAGUUCUUCUCAUUCUGUCGUUAUCCUCUCUCUUUGUCUACCUCCUCCCCCCCCCUCUUCAGUCUGCUUUUUGUUAUCAAGUGUUUUCAAUUAGCCCCCAGCCUCUCGAUGAAUGUUUCAUGUAAUCCAAUCAUGAUAAAAGUGUAACCGUCAAUAAUCUGUUCGACAUAGAGAAAGAAAGCAAACUAUCUAUCGUGUGGAUUUUUACACUCUGCAGAAAUGUACAUAAACCAAAUAUAAUCCACUCUCUCAUGCUCUUGCUUUAACUGCCCUGCACCUCUCUUCUGCCAACUGUUAUACAGUUUGUGACUGUAAAUGAUUUUCUGUGUCAUUCUACUUAAAGUUUAAUAUCUUGCAAACAGAGCAGUGAUACUUCUUUCUGUUUAUAUUUUUGUGACAUGCACUGUUUAUAUAAACAAGGUGAGGAAUGUGUGAUUCACUUUGCAGCCUGUGGUCCUUAGUCCAUAUUUCAUAAUCUUUGACGUAAACUAUAAUAAAUCUAUUCAGCUGUUUAUUAAA